UACUGUGCGAGCUGUAAUUGGUCAUAGCUUGUCACAUGGUACAAGGCUGUUGUGAAUAACCUUGUACCAUGUGACCUCUGCGAUCAUUCACAGAUUUCACUAGUAGUAAGCAAUGAUGUCAGCAAGUAACAUCUUGCUUACACCUAUUCAUCUGAUUGGCCAAUCAGUGAUCACAUGAUUGGGACCUCACAUAGAGGUACCAUACAGCGAUCAGUGGAGGGAGCACGCACAGGCAGGGAAUUCUGUGCGCACUCCCUAGCAGCGCACGGCACCUCGAUCUGGUGCUCGCUGUGUCCGGAGGACACCGAUCGCUGUACAGGACCUCUG